CCAAUCAUUUGCGGACCGGAGUUCUGCUGUGGCGACCUCUAACCGGGAAAAGCCGAAAGACAACAUCACUGUUACAGCUAAAUGCCAGUAACUGUCCCUUUGUGAGACAGGCCUGUUAUAAUAAAAGAGCAUUAUAGUUACAAUAUGUCUGUGCGUAAAAAGUUUACAGUGUGAGUUUAGGAGUUGUGGCGGUGAUACCUAGUCUGGAAAUGUCUGGGAGCCCCCAAAAUGCCUACACCGGCCCUGCGUCUUGAUUAGUAACAUAUUGCUUUCUUUUCAGUGUCAUUAUUAUCGCGUUUAGCGUGUAUAUUUGCGCAUGGUUUACGGUUCGGGUUUUAAGAUCCACGUACUUUCUAUACGAUCGUUGUUGGGCGUGGUGUAAUACUUGUCAAUUAACCGCUGCGUGGUGUUUACAUUGGGAUAUUUGGUGUUGGGAGGUUACCGUUAUGAAUGGACUGUUUGUUUUUUUUUCAUCCGAGCGGUUUCUCUUCACCGCCGGGGACUAAUACACAGAAAAAGAAGUAAUAUAAUUUCAGAAAUCAUAAUUCAUGUCAUUGUUGUAAAAGAACGGUGCUAAGGAUUUUUGAUUCUGCCCCCUCUCGAAUUAUAUAAAACAUAUUUUAUAUUGAUAUAUGUAAGAAUUAAAACAACGACUUAUUUUGAAGAUCAAUGAAAACCAUAUUUUAAGAAAGUCUUAACUAAAUUCCUAACAUACGUUGUAAAGGAUGUUCAUGAAUAAUUAAUGACGUUCAGUAAAACGUAAAAAAAAACGUGAGCCGUGCAUAACGUCAAUGUGUCAAGAUGGUAGUUGGUGCUUUUCCUAUCGCCAAACUACUGUAUCUGGGAAUUCGACAACUGAGCAAACCGGUGGCGAACCGAAUUAAAGCUGGAGCUCGAAGAAGCGAAUUUUUCAAAACAUACGUCUGCCUCCCACCUGCACAAUUGUACCAUUGGAUAGAAAUGAGAGCAAAGAUGAGGAUUAUGGGAUUUAAAGGUGCUGUCAUCAAACCCAUGAAUGAAGAAGCAGCUGCAGAACUGGGUGCAGAGCUUCUGGGAGAAACUAUCAUCUUUACUAUUGGAGGUGUAUGCCUUAUUGCAGAGUAUAGUCGUCAGUCCUUCAACACAAAAAAGAAGGAGGAAGAACUCAACAAUAAACUUCUUUAUCUGAAUCAAGAAUUGACGGAACUCAGCUCGACAGUUGAGACACUAGACACUCAAGUACGAGAAAUGAAGAGGCUGCAACUGGCGCAACCUGGAUUUAGCAAGAAUUAAGAAGAAAACUGAAAAAAAAUUUAAAUUUACUUAGAAUGGUGUUGUAUGAUUGUGACAGUUCAGUAUUAAUACACAGUUUAAAAAUGGAUUCUUGUACAAUAAAAAAAAACAAAAACAAAAGAAAAACACUUUUUGUUGGACUGUGUGAAAUCUAGGAUGUUCAAGUGAUUUUAAUGUCUUGUAUGAUGAGAAAGGCUAAAAGAAUGAUUUUACCUUAUGUUGAUUGACCCUGGGCGCUGUGCUAAAAUGCUAACGCAUGUCAUAUGUAAAAUAAUUUAUUGGAGUCCUUUUAUAUCCUGAUGAAAAUGGGAUGCAGCCCCAUUUCUAUUAUAUAGAUUGCUGUAUCUUACAAUCUCUGAAGAAGUUAGCAGUUAUAAAAUGGCAGUUUUUAAGUGUUUUCUACUGUGUUAUACACUUGAGGUUUCUGCAUAAAUUCUGCCUCUGUCAACAAGAGACCCUGGCAGGAAAUGGUGCAGGCUGUCUGUACCAAACUUGUGAAACAAAGAGUUAUAUAAAGUGCUUAAAACAAGA